AUGGCCAGUGGGGACUCCCAUGGCCAGUGGGGACUCCCAUGGCCAGUGGGGACUCCCAUGGCCAGUGGGGACUCCCAUGGCCAGUGGGGACUCCCAUGGCCAGUGUGGACAUCCAUGACCAGUGGGGACAUCCAUGGCCAGUGGGGACUCCCAUGGCCAGUGGGGACUCCCAUGGCCAGUGGGGACUCCCAUGGCCAGUGGGGACUCCCAUGGCCAGUGGGGACUCCCAUGGCCAGUGGGGACUCCAUGGCCAGUGUGGACAUCCAUGACCAGUGGGGACAUCCAUGGCCAGUGGGGACUCCCAUGGCCAGUGGGGACUCCUAUGGCCAGUGGGGACUCCCAUGGCCAGUGUGGACAUCCAUGACCAGUGGGGACAUCCAUGGCCAGUGGGGACUCCCAUGGCCACACGGCAAUAAUUUGCGUGGGACGGUAAAUAUAUCCUCGUCGCUACCUCUACCUCCCCCAACACUUCCUCGUCGCUACCUCUACCUCCUCCAACACUUCCUCGUCGCUGCCUCUACCUCCUCCAACACUUCCUCGUCGCUGCCUCUACCUCCUCCAACACUUCCUCGUCGCUACCUCUACCUCCUCCAACACUUCCUCGUCGCUGCCUCUACCUUCCCCAACACUUCCUCGUCGCUGCCUCUACCUCCUCCAACACUUCCUCGUCGCUACCUCUACCUCCUCCAACACUUCCUCGUCGCUGCCUCUACCUCCUCCAACACUUCCUCGUCGCUACCUCUACCUCCUCCAACACUUCCUCGUCGCUGCCUCUACCUUCCCCAACACUUCCUCGUCGCUGCCUCUACCUCCUCCAACACUUCCUCGUCGCUACCUCUACCUCCUCCAACACUUCCUCGUCGCUGCCUCUACCUUCCCCAACACUUCCUCGUCGCUACCUCUACCUUCCCCAACACUUCCUCGUCGCUGCCUCUACCUUCCCCAACACUUCCUCGUCGCUACCUCUACCUUCCCCAACACUUCCUCGUCGCUACCUCUACCUUCCCCAACACUUCCUCAUCGCUGCCUCUACCUUCCCCAACACUUCCUCGUCGCUACCUCUACCUCCCCCAACACUUCCUCGUCGCUGCCUCUACCUUCCCCAACACUUCCUCGUCGCUACCUCUACCUUCCCCAACACUUCCUCGUCGCUACCUCUACCUUCCCCAACACUUCCUCGUCGCUGCCUCUACCUUCCCCAACACUUCCUCGUCGCUGCCUCUACCUUCCCCAACACUUCCUCGUCGCUACCUCUACCUUCCCCAACACUUCCUCGUCGCUACCUCUACCUUCCCCAACACUUCCUCGUCGCUGCCUCUACCUCCCCCAACACUUCCUCGUCGCUACCUCUACCUCCCCCAACACUUCCUCGUCGCUGCCUCUACCUUCCCCAACACUUCCUCGUCGCUACCACUACCUCCUCCAACACUUCCUCGUCGCUACCUCUACCUCCUCCAACACUUCCUCGUCGCUACCUCUACCUCCUCCAACACUUCCUCGUCGCUACCUCUACCUCCCCCAACACUUCCUCGUCGCUGCCUCUACCUUCCCCAACACUUCCUCGUCGCUGCCUCUACCUCCUCCAACACUUCCUCGUCGCUACCUCUACCUCCUCCAACACUUCCUCGUCGCUGCCUCUACCUUCCCCAACACUUCCUCGUCGCUGCCUCUACCUCCUCCAACACUUCCUCGUCGCUACCUCUACCUCACCCAACACUUCCUCGUCGCUGCCUCUACCUUCCCCAACACUUCCUCGUCGCUACCUCUACCUCCUCCAACACUUCCUCGUCGCUGCCUCUACCUUCCCCAACACUUCCUCGUCGCUACCUCUACCUCCUCCAACACUUCCUCGUCGCUACCUCUACCUCCCCCAACACUUCCUCGUCGCUACCUCUACCUCCUCCAACACUUCCUCGUCGCUACCUCUACCUCCUCCAACACUUCCUCGUCGCUGCCUCUACCUUCCCCAACACUUCCUCGUCGCUACCUCUACCUCCUCCAACACUUCCUCGUCGCUACCUCUACCUUCCCCAACACUUCCUCGUCGCUGCCUCUACCUUCCCCAACACUUCCUCGUCGCUACCUCUACCUCCUCCAACACUUCCUCGUCGCUACCUCUACCUUCCCCAACACUUCCUCGUCGCUGCCUCUACCUCCUCCAACACUUCCUCGUCGCUACCUCUACCUCCUCCAACACUUCCUCGUCGCUACCUCUACCUCCUCCAACACUUCCUCGUCGCUACCUCUACCUCCUCCAACACUUCCUCGUCGCUACCUCUACCUCCUCCAACACUUCCUCGUCGCUACCUCUACCUCCUCCAACACUUCCUCGUCGCUACCUCUACCUCCUCCAACACUUCCUCGUCGCUACCUCUACCUCCUCCAACACUUCCUCGUCGCUACCUCUACCUCCUCCAACACUUCCUCGUCGCUACCUCUUCCUCCUCCAACACUUCCUACGCUUCUUCACCACCACCACCACCACCACUUCCACUCAGCUGUUACCUAUGA